UCCUCAGUGCUGUCAGCCUCAGGAUCCGGUAACAGUUCUUGGGGUACUUUAAUAUCUUCAAAAGGCAGCUUUUCAGUGCGCCAAUCUGUAUCGACCACGUCCAGGAGGUGCCGUUGCAUACGCUGACUCUGACACUCUAAUUUUCCCUCACUUUCCAUCACAAGAACUGCAAUCUGUAUAGUGAGGACGAAUAGUAGAUAUUUUAAAUGGUUUCUUCAAUUUGGUUUGUGUGUUUCAUGGAAUGUUACUUUAUAAAUUAGCUUUUUGUGUUCUCGUUUCACACUAAUUUGUAAAGUCAUGGGGAAAAAAUGAGAUGACGAGCAUCCAGACUCCGGACGAUUUCAAUAAAAUUUAAUACAAAAAAAAUGAUAAUUUUAUGGCAAUUUGGUCAUGACAAUGAACACCCUGAUGUACAUCACCUAUUUACCUCAUCUAUACGAAGGCGAGUAUAAUGGAAAAGCGAAAAGAGGAGCAGGUAGCAGCGAGUUUGCACAGGCGAGAAAUUUCCAACAACACAAAUAAUGUUUACGUUAUAGUCGCUUGUCAGCUGGCGACAUUCAAUACACAUCCCAUCGCAGAGACAUGCGCAGUUCCUAAGGGCGCCUCUCAUUGGCGCCAAAUAUUGCUUCAUCCAUAUGAUUUGACGAAACAGCGCAGCAUUCAUCCCAUGAACAAUUUCUGAAUUUGCUUAAAUUUGGCCAUAUUUCUCUAAACCAAACACAACAUUUCCCUAGUCUGACUUAAUUUGUUUGACUGACAAUUUGACUUAACAUGAAAUGCAACAAGGUGGCUGUCCGGAGAGCACUUCACGUGGCUGCGACCGAAAGUCUACCCUGCCGCGAACAUGAGAUCGAAGCCCUGAGCAAGUUCCUCUCGAACCGAGUCCAAGAAGUGAUUGACGCCCCUGGGGCUGCUUAUGUCUCAGGUCCGCCAGGAACCGGUAAAACUGCUUGCGUGCAACUAGUCCUCUCACAGCUAUCAGAUCAAUUUUUGAAUGCGUACAUCAACUGCACCUUUGUUAAAUCGGAACUGGAUCUUCUGAAAAGAAUUGCUGAGGAAUUUAAUAUUGGCCUUGCCCAAGGUGUAAAAACUGCUGACCAAAUCGAAAAAUCUAUUCAUAGACACCUGAAGAGGAAGAAUGCAAAGAGAGCUGUUCUCGUUUUGGAUGAAGUUGACCAACUGGAGGGUGGCCGAGGACAAAAGGCACUUUACCGCCUGUUUGAAUGGCCCCUGAAACUGGGCGAUGCCUUCACCCUGAUCGGCAUCGCCAAUGCCCUUGAUCUCACCCAGAGGCAACUGCCCCGACUGGCGGCCCGCGGGGCUGCAAAUGGCCCACUCCUUCUCUCCUUUGCCCCCUACACAAAGCAGCAACUGAUGGAAGUGCUGGAACACAGACUGAUCUCGGUUGGAGCGUCCGGCGCUUUUGAAGCGUCCGCUCUGGAGCUGCUGGCUGCCAAGGUGGCUUCAGUUUCAGGCGACGCCAGAAGAGCCCUUGAUAUUGGCCGCCGAGCCCUGGAAGUUGGGAGCCGGAAGAGACCUGCCUCAGUUCUUGGCCCCUCAAAUGAAAAUGAAGAAAGCAAAGUUGGGCCUUUGCAUGUGAGAAAAAUUCUAGACUCAGUGUUUGGCGGCAUGGAGGAAGGUCCUCAGCUGCCCCUACAACACCAGAUCGUACUAGCCUGCCUCCUGAUUUUGAAAAGGGCUCCAGUCAAAAAGGCUACCAUUGCGAAGAUCCAUGAGGUGUAUAGUGGAGUUUGCAAAAAGAAGCGUUUAACAGCUGUGAGCCGUUCAGAGUUACUGAAUAUCUGCCAACUGUUAGAGGCAGAGGGUGCAGUGCGAAUUGCUGGAUCAGGACUUGUGGCCCUUCAGUGGGACCACGACGAAGUGGCUGAUUCGCUUUCUGACAAAUCAUUACUUGCCGACAUUUUGAGGAAUUAAAGUGACAAAAAAACACGCUCACAAUCCCAUCUUUUGACUGUAUAAAUGCUUUAAAAUUAGGUGAGUGUGUUUUAUUUAUUUUUGAUCGCUCAACGAAGAUAUAGUGAAAAUUUUUGAGUGUUGAAAUAAUUAAUUUCCUGUAUAUUAAAAGCCUUGAUAUUUUUCAUAGGUUGGCGCUUGAGAUAGACAUAAAACAUUUUAUUUUGAAUGAGUUAAUUUUCUUUAGAAAUUGCUUAGAUUGCAUGUAUGCUGUGAGGAAAUAAACGUGUACAUCAGCUAACCUAAUGGAUUAAAUAAUUAUGACACAUCUUUUGAUUUUAUCCAUCUAAACCGAUUGGCUGAUUUUAAUAUUCCUGAUCCAAUCAUAGAAAUACUAUAAUACUAAAUAUAAUCCAUAAUUCUUCAUGUUCUGACACCAAACCGCCAACCGACUCAAAAUGAAAGUUAUUACGAAUAUUGAAUCGAAUUAUUAUUGAUUUUACUACGAGUUUUGUUUGCCAGUAAGGGUGAGGACAUUAAUGUCAAGAGCAAUGACAGAGGCGUGAAAAUGAUUAAUCGAUCACAUGCUGCAGUGACACAUUCGCAUUGUUAAUUAAUUAGUGCAGUUCCUGUUGAUGCUUUUUGCUUUCCCUGUUCCCUGCUAUAAGGGGGAUACAAAAUAUCUGGACAAAUGAAUAUUCUGUGGAAUAAAAGGCGUUCGUACUGUUCAAAUGUA